AUGACGAUUUCACGCUCUCAAGCCUCAAGCUUAAGCGACCCUCUGAUUCAGAUUAAUUAUAUCGGAUUAUUGUUACUGAACGCAGCUGGUAAGUCAGCCAAGAAACCUGAUUCUGAGGAAAUUGAUGGGGCAAAGAAGUUUGAAGAAAUGUCAAAUCUAUCAUGGUUGUCAAGUGUAUCUCAAAACAAUAUAUUACUGCAACGGAAAGAGCAAUCUCGUAAAAAGAAACAAAAAUGUGUGUUUGACUUCACUCAAGAAAGCCGUUUUCAGAAGUUAAUUGAAGUCUGUGCAAGGAUACUAGGACCAGAGGCUACCAUUGAGUUGUUUGGUAAAGUGGGACGAGAACCUGGUGUGAAAGGAUACAAUACAUUGGUAGAAAUGUGCAUAGAUAAGGCCAGGGGAACUGAUGACGAAGACAUUACAAUAGAAGAACUGGGGAAGGUUUUUAACCUUUUCAAAUCAACGAGGGAACAAGGUUUAGAGUUACAAGAGCAAACAUAUCGCCUGCUUCUUUUGUAUCUGAUUGACAUGCGUAUGGUUGAGGAAUUUAAAUUUUUCUGUGUUGUUAUCAAAGAUGAGAAUCCCAGUUCAGUUACAAGACUGGGUUACUAUGAAAUGUUGCUGUGGUUAAAAGAUAAUAAUGAAGAAAAGAUUCAAGGUAUUUGUGACUAUAUUGCAGAGAAUGAUGAAGACACAUCUGAUAUAUGA